ACUUGACAAUCCUCUUUACACCUCAACGUAGUCCUGAUGGACGAUAAAGGCAGCACAAGUAGCGGCAGCAGCCCCGAGACGACGUCCCCCCAAUCGUCAUGGUGGCGCCGCUUCUCCACCUCGAGCCCGACAUCCCCACCCCCCGUCCCGUUACACGCGCUGUCUCUCCCCACUCCGCCAUUGGCGAGCGACACGCACGACGCAAAGAUCGCAUACCUCGUCGGCCGGGGAUACGCCGCGCGCGCAGCGGCGAAGCAGCUGGCCGCGCACGACGGUGACCUCGCGCGCGCGGAGGGACGGCUCGCGCACAAGCUCCACUUGAAGGGCGUCCAGCCGACGCUCAGACGGCAAGGAUGCCCCGUGUGCGAUGAGCGCCGGAGGGGCAAGCAGAGCGGCGUGGGGAUGAGCAUUCGGGAGUGGAAGGCGGCCGAGGCUGAGGCCGAGGCGGAGGCUGCAAGCGACUCCGACGGCGACGACGACCUCCCCGUCUAUGCGGAGGACGACUACGCCCCCGCCUACGUGGUGCACAAGGCCGACACCCUCUGCGCGCUGUCGUCUGCUCGCGAGCGGCCCGCGGACGAGCGGGACGACCGCAUCGCGCGCCUUGAGGCCAUGCUGGCUUUCUACGCGCCGCAGCUGGGCGACGUGGCGCGUGUCAGCACCGCCGCGCUCGUCGUGCCCCGUAACAAGGAGGCGUGACACCCCACCCACUCUGGGCACGGCGUUGGUUCUGUCGAAUAGCAUGUUGGUUGUUGGUUCACUGUGAUGAA